UUAACCAGAUGUUACUUGCAAAAAGAAAUGUUAUAUAAUUCUCUGGGAUCUUACCACACGAAUACUAUUUAUUAACUUGCCUUCUCUGUGAGAUGAUGAUCACACACCAUUUCACAUUCAAGCAGGAGGGAUGACGGAAACAAACUUGAUACUCGAGAUGUCUGCACCGACCUCCUGCCAUCUCGAAACCCCAAGUCCAACUACCAGGAUCCCUAGACCCUAUCAACCCAUCACGUUCUGGUGUUGGAAGAACGACAGCCGCUCCAUGGACAGACGCCGGACGGCUCGGCUCGGAGGAUUCUCCAGGAGCGCUCUGAGCGAGGAGGGGGCGGGCCCAGGAAUCCGGCAAUACGAAAGCUUGGGAAAAGAAGGCCCCUCCUUGGAGGGAGGGACCGAGGCCGCGGCCUCGUUGCUCAAGUCCAGCACAGAAUCCCAGAGCUCAGUUCUGCGCGGCCUCUCUGACUGUGACUGGGUCUCUGAAGAGAGUGCCCUCCGUGGCCUCCAGCUCGAUCCACUCUUUGCACACGUGCCCCGCGCACCCCCCACGCAGCCAUGUCGUCCUGCAGCCGCGUGGCGCUGGUCACCGGGGCCAACAAGGGCAUCGGCUUCGCCAUCGCUCGGGACCUGUGCCGGCAGUUCUCGGGGGACGUGGUGCUCACCGCGCGGGACGCGGCGCGGGGCCGGGAGGCCGUGCAGCAGCUGCAGGCCGAGGGCCUGAGCCCGCGCUUCCACCAGCUGGACAUCGACGACCCGCAGAGCAUCCGUGCCCUGCGGGACUUCCUGCGCAAGGAAUACGGGGGGCUCAACGUGCUGAUCAACAACGCGGGCAUCGCCUUCAAGUUUGACGAUCCAACACCCUUUGACAUUCAAGCUGAGAUAACGCUGAAGACAAACUUUUUUGCUACGAGAAAUGUUUGCACCGAAUUACUGCCGAUAGUAAAGCCGCACGGCCGAGUGGUGAACGUCAGCAGCCUGCAGGGGUCCCAAGCUCUGGAGAACUGCAGCGAAGACCUGCAGGAGAAGUUUCGCUGUCAGACACUCACAGAGGAGGACCUGGUGGACCUCAUGAAGAAGUUUGUGGAGGAUGCUCGGAACGAGGUGCACGAGAGGGAGGGCUGGCCCAGCUCGGCUUACGGGGUGUCCAAGUUGGGGGUCACGGUCUUAUCAAGAAUCCUGGCCCGGCGCCUGGACGAGAAGAGAAAGGCCGACAGGAUUCUGCUGAAUGCCUGCUGUCCCGGCUGGGUGAAGACAGACAUGGCCAGGGAUUAUGGCUCCAGGACUGUGGAGGAGGGGGCUGAGACCCCUGUCUACUUGGCCCUCCUGCCCCCAGACGCCACUGAGCCUCACGGCCAGCUAGUGCGUGACAAAGUCGUCCAGCACUGGUGAAGGCCUUCUUCGGUGCUUAAUGUUCAAUAAAUGGAACAA